AGUCUGUAUAUGUGAUCUUUAAAUACGAAAAUGUAAGUUCAGUGCAUUCAGUGCAAUUUCGCAAAUGACAGAAGUGUGUAUGUCAUCGGUCGCCGCUUGAUCCACUUUAAAAUACAAAUAUUUUUGCUGGUGGUAUUUAAACGAAAAAAAAGUAUAAAUAAUGGUGAUGGCGAUGACAACAACGAUGGGGCUUUCGAGUAGCGUACUCCGAUAAUAGCACACCAGCCUUCUCUUAUUAAUUACCAUCGCAAAAAUCUUUUGAUCAAUGAUAUUGCUUGUAAUUACUUUUUGGGGGCAAUUUUGUUCGCUAAGUUAUUGUUGAGAGUCGUGAGGCUAAGGAGCCAAGAUGCCCUUGAAGAGGUUAAGUUAACCGUAGUACACACGGACGAGGAUCUUGCGAUACACCUUGCUCGCAGUGCAGUGCAUAUGGUGUUUUCUCUUCUUUUUCUUUCAUCCGUAUCCAACAUCAUUGCAUGUCGUCUUUUGGCUCUGGAAUGCGCGUAUCAUCAACGUCUGCAGGAGUCGUGUUUUUAUUUGUGUAUAUGAAGCGAGAGACGCCAAAGUAAACUAAAAAAAAGCUGAUCCAAAAAUGCCCCGAGUGACCAGGAAGUGGGAGCUGUUCCCGGGAAGGAAUCGCUUCUGCUGUGACGGCAGGGUCAUGAUGGCACCGCAAACCGGCGUGUUCUGUGUCACAGUUUGCUUGAUUGCCGGAACAAGCGGACUAUUUUUCGCUUUCGACUGCCCAUUUUUAGCGGAGAACAUAACACCGGCGAUCCCAAUAGUCGGUGGUCUGCUGUUCAUAUUCGUGAUGUCCGCCCUGUUCCGCACCAGCUUCAGUGAUCCCGGCGUAAUACCGCGCGCGACGCCCGACGAGGCGGCUUACAUCGAAAAACAAAUAGAAGUGCCAAAUAACGGCAACUCGCCGACGUACAGACCACCACCGAGGACGAAAGAGGUCCUCGUCAGGGGCCAACCGGUCAAACUUAAGUACUGUUUCACCUGUAAAAUAUUUCGACCACCCAGAGCGUCGCACUGCAGUUUGUGUGACAAUUGCGUCGAGAGGUUCGACCAUCAUUGUCCCUGGGUGGGGAACUGCGUUGGCCGCAGGAAUUAUCGAUACUUUUAUGCAUUUAUAGUGUCCUUAGCAUUCCUGUGUGUUUUUAUUUUUGCGUGCUCGGUUACGCAUCUCAUUAUGCUGACGGGAGACAACAAGCUCUUCGUGGAAGCCGUGAAAUCGUCACCGGGCAGUGUCGUCGUCGGCCUUGUAUGUUUUUUUUCUGUUUGGAGUAUAUUGGGUCUAGCCGGCUUUCAUACGUAUCUCACAACGAGCAAUCAAACCACCAAUGAAGACAUAAAAGGUUCCUUUACAAGUAAGAGGGGCCAAGAAAGCUUCAAUCCUUACAGCCACGGAAACAUUUGCGGAAACUGUUUCUAUGUUCUCUGUGGUCCAGCACCUCCUAGCCUUAUUGAUCGAAGGGGUGUCGUAACUCCCGAAUAUCGUGCUGAACAUGAGAGAGCCAGCGAAGAUAACGUGAUUACUAAUAAUAAGUCGUACGGAAAUGUUAAAAUUGUGCAGCCACAGUCGAACGGCGUGGCGGUGUCGAUGAGCAGUAGUGGCGACCUCACCGGAUCGACCAACAACCUCGUACCGAGCCAGCCCCCCUCGCAGCACCAGCAUCAGCAGGCGCAGCCCCAGCACUUUGAACCCACAAACGGUGGCGGUAGCACAACGAGUAGCGUGAGCCACUUGGUGGCGAACGAGAUGCCGCUGAGCCUCGCGCCCAUCGACAUAGACGAGAUCGCGCCCCUGCCCGCGGCCCCGACACGUGCGGGCCCUCUGCUGACAACAACCACGAGUAGUGGCAGUUGCCUCACUCCUACGCCGCUCUCGGCCUCGAGGCUCAGGCUACUCCAGGACACGACGAUGAUCGAGUCCGCCCUUGACCUUGACUCCCUCGAGGAGGCCAGCGUCGGCUGUGGCAGCCAGGCCGGCCUGAUCAAGGUGCCGGUGGGCGCGAGCAACGUCGUGUGACCAAUUCCAAGGGACGCGUCUUGGUUUUGUUGGUCUGGCGGAUCUAGGCAAUUUUUCUUCCUUCCAUCUUUCCCGAACAGGGGAGGGUUCAAAGUAAGGUACCGCCGGGGGGUACCUGCCUCUUUUAGGUUUACAUCAAUAAUACACCGAGUCUGAUGAUGGGAACUGUGAAUUUUGGUGCUUCCACUUCGGCGGAUGAAUGACUGGUCGUUGUCGAAUCGAUUCAAUAUGGAUAUCAGUAUACCUAUGGUUUACAUGUUAAAAUCACCACUGUUGAUUGAUCAUUCGCGAGCAAGUAUAGUGGCAGUGGGUUUUUCGUUGGGGAACAAUUUUAGGAUGAAGCUUUAAGGCGAUUGCGUUUCCACUUUUGUACCAAUCAAGCAGGGAUUAAAAAAAAAAAAUUUAUUUUUCUAGUGCACUUUAUUGAUCGUUCGAGCUGCACUGUUUUAGACAAUGUACAAAUUCAUCCGCGUGUAAUUAGACUAAUUUACGUGUAUUACGUUAAGUUAAGUUUGUUAGGUUUUUUUUUUUUUUUU